UUCUACCUGAAGACUGAAGUCCUCUCCCGCUCUCUAGUGCCUAACAGGGACACAUUUUCUGAGAACUCCAAGCGUUUCAUCUUCAUGAUUCCGUUGAAGCUUCAUCAACCCUCUCCAUCUUUCCCUAUUUCCCAAACUACCCCUCUCCACCUCUCUCUCACCCAACCUCACUUUCCAAUAUUACCGCUCUCUCCAACCCCUCACAAACCCACUGUUUUCCUCAAACCCAACCCCUUCUCUUUCCCAAUCCCUCUCUCCAAGCCCACCUUCAAAUUGUUUAGUGUUUCGAAAGCUGAAGCACCGAUUACUGGCAAUGAAGGAGGCUACACCAAACCUUCACCGGAGCGGGAAGACUUGUCUCCAAACGGCGCCGUUUAUCGGAAGACACUGGCAUUGGUGGAGUGCUCCAUGUUCGCCGCGCUCACCGGCUUGGUCUACUUCUUGAGCAAUUCUCUCGCAAUUGAGAAUUACUUUGGCUGUGUCUUCGCGUUGCCAAUAGUAAUCUCCUCAAUGAGAUGGGGCGUUGCAGCUGGAAGGAAAACUAUGGUGGCAACAACCAUGCUAUUACUUGUCUUGUCUGGUCCAGUGAAAGCCUUAACCUAUCUGCUUAGGCAUGGAAUAGUUGGCUUCACAAUGGGUACUUUGUGGAGGUCAGGAGCAAAUUGGACUCUUUCAAUUUUGUUGUGCACUAUCGUUCGAGCAAUUGGUGCUGUGGGAUAUGUCUUAAUAACUUCAUUCUUGCUAAGAGAAAACAUACUUGCUUUGAUCACCAUAAACAUUCAUGCUUCUCUGACAUUCCUGCUCACUGCUACGGGCAUCAAUACAAUUCCAUCGAUGAAUGUGAUAUAUGCCAUAUUUGCGACCUUGGUUUUACUGAAUUGUGGAUGCUUCAUAUUCUUGCUCCACAUUUUGUAUUCUGUCUUCCUUACCAGGCUUGGGAUGAAGCCUUCACUGAGAUUGCCAAGAUGGAUAGAGAGGGCUGUAUAAUUGCAUCUGCAGGCAAGGCAUUGAGUCAUUUUUAGUUUAUGUUAUACCAUUCGAUAAACGUGUUAGAAAAAAUCAAUAGCUAUUUUUUGUUGUUGGGGGAGGGGCUCUCAUUUUGGUUAGAUUCAGUAUACGUAUUCAAGUUAAUUUUUCAUGUAAAUGUGUUUUAAGUCAUUUGUAUUGGCAAUAAAUCUGAUACCUGAAUUACAACUACCAUAAGUCACUACUGUAAACAAGAUUACAUGUAUAAUUUUUUUCAUGCAUCCAAUUCAUAUGUACGAACAAGCUGGGCGGAUGCCUAACUUACUAGUCAAAAGUUCUAUAGUUGCUAGUGCAA